UUGAAGGAUGUUUGAUGGCGGCUGCCAUCUUCCGUCUCCAAUUUAGCCCGAGAGGACCGAAUAUCCACCAUCGCGUCGCGAUUGGCACCGGUAGCUAGUUUCCUGCAACCCUAAAACGGUACAAGUCGGAUUACACAGUUCUGGUCAGUCAUCAAGUGAAUAUUCCACUUGCAUCGGACCUGAGCCUAGGUGCUUGUGAAGUGGGCUGUGUCAGAUUUGAAGACUGAUAUUGUGGAACACUAUACUACUCAACCAAGAUGCCCGCGGUAAAAGGAGAGGGAAUGAGGGGCUUAGCCGUUUUCAUUUCUGACAUUAGGAACUGUAAAUCUAAAGAAGCUGAGAUGAAGCGGAUAAACAAGGAGCUUGCAAAUAUUAGAAAUAAAUUCAAAGGCGAUAAGCAGUUAGAUGGUUACCAAAAGAAGAAGUACGUUUGCAAGCUUCUGUUUAUAUUUCUUCUUGGCCACGAUAUCGAUUUUGGUCACAUGGAAGCCGUGAAUCUGCUAUCGUCUAACAAGUAUACGGAAAAACAAAUCGGGUACCUUUUUAUCUCAGUCCUUGUGAGUGCAAACAGUGAACUCAUCAAGCUGAUUAUCCAAAGCAUCAAGAAUGACUUGUCCAGUCGCAAUCCCAUCAAUGUCUGUCUUGCUCUACAAUGCAUUGCAAACAUUGGCAAUGAGGAGAUGGUAGAGGCAGUCGGCAAAGAAGUCCCCAAGUUAUUAGUCUCCCCCGACACUAAUGACAGUGUGAAGCAGUGCGCUGCACUCUGUGUUCUGAAACUCUUCAGGCUUAAAACAGAUAUCUUGCCUCCUGGAGAGUGGACAUCAAGAAUAGUUCAACUGUUAAAUGAUAAGCAUCUGGGUGUGGUAACCUCAGCAGCCAGCCUUAUCCAUGGAUUUGUCCAUUAUUUUGCGGACGAGUACAAGGGUUGUGUUCAGCUUGCAGUCUCAAGACUUAGUAGGAUUGUGACAUCAUCUUACACGGACCUUCAAGACUACACCUACUACUUUGUUCCUGCUCCAUGGCUUUGCGUCAAGCUUAUUAAACUUCUCCAGAUGUACCCUCCUCCAGAUGACCCUGCUGUCUUUGGGAGGCUAAAUGAGUGUUUGGAAACCAUUCUCAACAAGGCUCAGGAACCACCCAAAUCAAAGAAAGUUCAGCAUUCAAAUGCAAGGAAUGCUGUCCUCUUUGAAGCAAUCAAUUUGAUUAUACACAUGGACAGUGAACAAAGCUUGUUGAUAAGAGGCUGUAACCAGCUGGGUCAAUUUUUGACACACAAGGAGACCAACUUGAGGUAUCUUGCUUUGGAAGGAUUGUGCUUGAUGUCAAAUUCUGAGUUUUCAGUUGAUGCAGUUAGGAAACAUCAGGAGACUGUUGUUGGAGCACUGAAGACUGAACGAGAUGUCAGUGUACGUCAAAGAGCUGUUGACCUCCUCUAUGCCAUGUGUGACAAAAACAAUGCUGAAGAGAUUGUUUCUGAAAUGUUAACUUACCUGGAAACUGCUGAUUACUCCAUCAAAGAGGAAAUGGUGUUGAAAGUGGCGAUACUUGCAGAGAAGUUUGCAACAGAUUAUUCCUGGUACAUGGACACUAUUCUUACACUUAUAAGAAUUGCUGGGGAUUACGUCAGUGAAGAGGUUUGGUUUCGUGUGAUCCAAAUAGUGAUAAAUCGAGAUGACAUCCAGGGCUAUGCUGCAAAGACAGUGUUUGAAGCACUGCAGUCUCCGUCAUGCCAUGAGAACAUGGUCAAAGUUGGUGGCUACAUUCUUGGAGAGUUUGGAAAUCUUAUUGCAGGAGACCCAAGGUCAAGUCCCAUGGUUCAAUUCCAGCUGCUGCACAGUAAGUUUCCACUUUGUGCAUCCUCCACAAGAGGCCUGCUGAUGUCAACAUACGUCAAGUUUAUUAACCUCUUCCCUGAGAUCAAGGGAUACAUCCAAGAGAUUUUGCGUAGUGAUAAUAACCUCAAAAAUUCUGAUGCUGAGAUCCAGCAGAGAGCUUUGGAGUACUUAAAGCUUAGUACUGUUGCAUCUCCAGAUGUUUUGGCUACUGUUCUUGAAGAGAUGCCACCAUUCCCAGAACGUGAGUCUUCCAUCUUAGCAAAACUGAAGAAAAAGAAGCAGGAGAAAACAGGAAUCAUUGAGAAAGAAGAGAAGACUGAACCAGUGGAAAAACCAACUGCUAACGGCCAGGUUCCUGUUACUAUUAACGAGGCUCCUGCCCCCAAUCCAGCCCUACAACCAGACCUCCUGGGUACAGAGACAAUAGUUUCAAAGCCUUUGACAAAUAACUUCGGACCUCCCGAGACAGGAGGAGGUGGACUUCUCGUAGACGUGUUUGAGAUGCCUCCAGCCCCCAUGGCAGGGAGUGCUCCAUCCAUCACCCCAGGGGCAGAGGAAAAUCUCAAGAAAUUUGUGUGUAAAAACACUGGGGUUCUUUUUGAAACUGACAUCCUACAAGUUGGUAUCAAAUCGGAAUUCAAAGACGAUAAAGGGGCUCUUGGUGUGUUCUAUGGCAACAAGACCUCAUCCCAGUUUGUUUCGUUUUCUUCCAUGGUCCACUUGCCGGGAGAUCUUAAUACUCACAUCAAAGUUGACACCAAUUCUCCUCCAAACAUUGUGGAGGGCGGAGCACAAGUCAAACAGAUGAUAAAUGUAGAAUGUAUCUCAGAAUUCAAAGACCAUCCACUCAUAGAUCUUCAAUUCGGUGUGAACGGCACGAGCCAAAGAAUUGUCCUUCCAGUCCCACUGUUUCCUUCCAAAUUCUUCGCGCCGACAGAUAUGAACUCGCAAGACUUCUUUUCCAGAUGGAAACAAUUGGGAAACCCGGAUCAAGAGUGUCAGCAGAUUUUUAAGGCUAAGUUUCCAAUUGAUACAGAGACAAUUAAGACAAAGCUCGUUGGCUUUGGAGUUUCCCUACUUCAGAAUGUAGACCCUAAUCCGGAGAACUUUGUGUGUGCCGGUAUAAUUAAAGGAUCAACCGUUCAAAUAGGAACACUGCUUCGACUAGAACCUAAUAGACAAGCUCAAAUGUUUAGACUGACAAUAAGAAGCUCAAGACCACAUGUGGCCACAACUCUAGUAGAGUUAUUGGUAGAUCAGUUUUAAACCUGUUUUCCAGGUAGAGAGAUUCGCACGGUGCAUCUGUCAUAAUACAGUGCAUCUGGAGUAAACCAGUCUUUUUGUGAACCAUUGGGGAGAUCAUUUUGAUCAGCCCAUCUACUUCAUUAUCUUCUGAUGCCUUACAUGUGUUGUAAUAUACAUGUGUUGUAAGAGAGCUUUACCAUUGACUUAAGACUGUAAUUUAGUUUUUGACGUAACACUUUCUUAUAAACCCCGUGAAUCUCCUGUAGUGUUCCUUAGCCAAUCAGAGCGAGGGUGAGGGCGACUUCUUUUCCUGUGCUGUGGUUGGUUAAGUCUUCAGUUCUAGUUGUGGCAUGUUGCCAUUUCCUCAGUUGAGUAAAGAAGGAAAAAUUAUCAGCCCAACAAGCAAGGUAUGAUCAUUUAGCCUGCGCUUUCUUAAUAAUUGCGAGCUUGUAACACAAAACAGUCCGCCUGAUUUAGUUGUGUGACAUACCGCAAACGUUCUGAUAAGCCCCUCCCUUUCCUACCCCACUCCCCUCCCCCUUCCUACCCUACCCUACUCCCCUCCGAAAAAGUAUUAAGUAGUGGCAGUAUUGUCGUUAGUUGCGUGUUAGUAAGUCUGGUAGGCUAUGCAACAUUCAGUCGUUUUCGAAAGCUUGCAUUGGUUUUCGUUUUGAAAAUCGUAGGUUUUCAAUCAGAGAAAUAAGUUUUUUAGUUGGUAAAAAAAACAUGUACUCGUAUUUUGCCCCACAAUGAGGUUUUGUUAGUCCACCCACCCCCCUUCACCUUCUUCAAUGAGCCUCCCGUCAGAGGGUCCCUGGAAAUUGAUAUGCUCCAAGGACUUAUAAGAGUGUUUGCGGUAGUCCUUGACUUGAGGAUCAACCACAGGCGAGAGUUACUCCAUUUAUGCAGAUGUACUUUCCUUACUCUAUCACUUCAGAAUUACAAUUGCAAUCAAGUUUGCAUUGAGCUAGAAUUUUUGCGCUCAUUACAAUAUUCUAAUUGAAGGAGAAAGCUCUACUGAAUGAUGGUAAAGCAGCUAUUAUCUGGCCCAAAAAAGCUAUUUUAAAGUUUUCUUUAAAACCCACACUUGCAUGCGUAGUUGUUAGUUGUGCUUAUAUUCCUUUCCUACUAUUAAAAUAAUUUUUUUCUUUAAGGAUGUACGAUUAAAUAUUAUUGCCAUAUGAUUAAUUUUUUUUAGGUAGUAGGUAACAUUAAAAAUCACAGAACGGUAAACUCUCUGCCGUGUUCUCGAUCCUUGGUGGCUUGUAAGUGUAAAAGUAAUGUAGGUAUCAUUAAUUUUUUUUUCGAUCGUAAAAGCGUAUCUUUUAGUUAAGAUGGCUAUUGUUUGCGGAAGACAGUUUUAAGUAAAGAUUAGGAUAAUGGGGAUUGUACUAUAUGAUCCAAAGUUGUGAGGUAUUUUACUCUAGCAGUAAUUGUGAUUACUAAAGCAAGCUUUUACAUGUAAGAAGAGCCUGCCUGUAUACAUCUAGGAUUUUUUUAUAAGAAAAAGAAAGGACGAAAAGAAAGAAGAACGAUGAACAUUUAUCAAACUCAAGUACUAGGCGUGUAGCUGCCGAAAUAAUGCCUGACGCUAAAUAAAAGUACCACGAUGGUUACUUUGUUA